AUGUACGUAAUGGAACGCAGGUUUAAGAGAUUAUGUAUCAUUCAUUCAUUCAUUCAGCUUCCAGAUAAGGGGAUGGGCCAACAAGCACUUAUGAAGGAAAUCGAUAAAUAUGAAAAACUAGGUAAGCUAUUAUUCAAUUGAACCUCUCUAAUACAGACACUCUCUAAUACAAUCACUUCUCUAAUACAGUCACCUCUUAAUACAGACACCUCUCUAAUACUGACACCUCUCUAAUACCGACACCUUUCUAAUACAAAUACCUCUCUAAUACAUACAUCUCUCUAAUACAGAUACCCCUCUACUACCGACACCUCUCUAAUACCGACACUCUCUAAUACAGACACUUCUCUAAUACCGACACCUUUCUAAUACAAAUACCUCUCUUAUACAUACAUCUCUCUAAUACAGAUACCUCUCUAAUACCGACACCUCUCUAAUACCGACACCUCUCUAAUACAGACACCCUUCUAAUACCGACACCUCUCUAAUACAGACACUCUCUAAUAUAUGCAUUUCUCUAAUACCGACACCUCUCUAAUACAGACACCCCUCUAAUACAGACACCUCUCUAAUACAUACAUCUCUCUAAUAUGGACACCUCUCUAAUACAUACAUCUCUCUAAUAUGGACUCCUCUCUAAUACAGACACCUCUCUAAUACAUACAUCUCUCUAAUAUGGACACCUCUCUAAUACAUACAUCUCUCUAACAUGGACACCUCUCUAAUACAGAUACCUCUCUAAUGCGGAAACCUCUCUAAUAGAGACACCUCUCUAAUCCGAAUGCUUAACUACUAAAUUGUGUUUUGACCUACGGAAUCUUAGUGUAAUUAGUUUACUGAAAGCAGUUACAGACAAACAAGUUUUCUAUAAGAAUUUUUCAUGUGGCAUGUUUUAUUUGCUUACUGUAUGUGUUACCGACAACAAUAGAUCACUGACAACCGCAUGCCAAUGUUCAAUAUAUAAUUGCUGACCCAUAUAUAAGUGAGCGAAAUAUUUAAAGUUUGCCAAUUCUUUCUAUGUCAUGUGCACUUGUCUUGUUCAAAAGCUAGCAUACUAACUUAUAAACAAAUCUACUUAAUUGUGAUAGAAAAACAUGGCAGAGUUGUCAAAUAGGUACAGAUACGAGCAAAAAACCUUGGCAAAUGAAAACUCCAGUGCAAAAAAAACAUUUGACUCAACACUUGGAGCAAAAUAAUGCACGGUGCACAGUGACUCAAAAUAUUGAAUAAUAUUACUUAAAUUUAUGAGCAGAUUUACUCACUUUAUUGAGAAAUGUAUAUCUUUGUUCCAAAAAGUGAGUAAAUUUGUGGGGAUUUUUUGUAGUGUUGUCAUAGAAAAAUAUUUCGUCUCUAACCGGCGUAAUUUGUCGUUCUAGGUAAAAUUGACUGGGCCGCUGGAAAAGUAUCUGGGACAGUUUAUCACGGUGGAAAGGAACUCACUGAUGUUUUGACAGAGGUCUGUUAUGGCCAUUUUCACUCAGGAAAAUUUUCCAAAAAAGAGAAAAUUUUGUAAAAUGUGAUUGGCCGACACAAAUUUUACAUCGCAAUAAAAUUUUGAAAAUUUUCAACUUUAACAAUAAAUUUCCGAAAAAUUUUCUGCCUGUCGAAAUUUUUCUUGAGUGAAAAUGGGCCAGUUUAAAUUGGACAGUUCUUUUCUGAUUCGACACAUCAUAUUAGCCAACAACAAAUGAAAAUAUAAACAAGCAAAGAAAUAAGCCAGUAAUUAAUAAUGUACAAUGUCACUCAAUAGGAGGGGGUAGUUGUCCCUAGGUAUAGUGUACUUGUAUAUUUGGCACGGAACAAUUACGUCCGACGUCUAACUCAGUUGCCGAACUUGUGCUGUUGCUGUAUUUAAUUUGAUUAGGUUGGGCGCAUGAAAAGCAUAUGAAAAAUUCUUAUAAAUAUGCUGCAUUUUUUACCCUCCUGCUGUAAAAAUCAGUGCGCAUGAUAUGUAUUUUGCAGUAAAUCUUAGCCCAGUUUUUCUUGUUGUUUUCUAGGCUUAUAAACGAUUCACAUGGUCAAAUCCACUUCAUCCUGAUGUUUUCCCAGGAGGUGAGCAUUCGAAAUGAAUAUCACAUUAUACACUAACUUAGUUUUGUUUUCCCAAGAGUCUCAAUGUUUCCCGAGACGAAGUCGAUUGUAUUGUCAAUUUGUGUUCAUAUGAGAAACGAGACAACCCGGCUUGGUGAGAUCUCAUCUUGCGCUAGGUGGCAUCUCAGUCAAGUGGGAUAAAAUUUUCCAUAUGAAGACUUUAUCCCACCUGACCGGGAUGGGCAUUUUGGCCGAUUUUGAUCUAUAAUAUAGUAUUGAACGUCAUAGUUGGAAAAUAGAAACAAAAUAUAAACAUUAAUAGUCCUAAACAGAUAUUAUUAAAGUCGUAAUACAAGAUGCAGUUAUUACAACAAAAAUAUUUCGAUGACCGCCAUGUUUACAUAAUGUCGUCCCACCCAGGCUGGAUGGUAAUUGAGAGGUUAAGAUUGACGUUUACGAUAGAUAGAUAGAACUUUUAUUUAUACACGCUGACCCCGUCAACCGAAGCUGAUUUCCACGAGGGGCGUGUCCAAAAAAUUGAAUAAGAUUUUUACAUGUACAGGAAAGUGAUAGUUAGAGCUAUUUACAAAAGUUUUAAGAGAUAUAGAAUAACAUAUUAAUGAGUAUUAAAAUAGUAACAUAUUAAUGUCUAAUGAGAAAGUUGGCAGACUAUUUACAGGCACAUUAUUUACAAUACUUAUUAUUCGUAAAUGUGAGCAGCGAUAUUAUUUCGAAAGGAAGAAAGUGAUUUGCUUUCCCUAAUUUCUUUUGGAAUAGAAUUCCAAAGUUUAGCUCCGUUGUACAUGAAACUGUUUUUCGUGUUAUUAGAACGAGGUUUUGGUAAACAAAGAGUUGAAAUGUCCCGAAGGUGAUAGUUUGUUUUCUCACAUUUAUAAGAAAAUAGAUUUGUGAGUGAUUUGGGACCCAUUUUAUUUAAUACUUUGUACACCAUUUUUGCUUUAGCUUUCUUCCUUAAUGUUUUAAGUGGUUCCCAACCCAAUUCACACAAAGCAAUAGAACGAUUUACGUCAUUACUCAUAUUCAAGAUAAUUCUAGCAGCUUUGUUUUGAAGUUUUUGAAGUCGUUUUGACUGUGUUUCGCCAAACACAUCCCAUACUUCACAGCAGUAAUCGAAGUAUGGGCGAACAAUAGCGUUAUAUAUGGAAAUAAGUGUUUCUUUGUCAACAAAAGGUUUGACUCGACGGAUGGCAGAGAUUCCUGCUGUUAUUUUUUUGCAAAUAUUUUCUGUAUUACUUUUCCAAGAUAAAUGCUGGUCAACUGUUACUCCAAGAGUUUUGCAUUCAUAAACUUGUUUAAUUUGUUUAUUUUCAAUGACAAUAUUCGGAAGAGAAUUAGGGAUCUUUUGUUUUGAACCAAUUAACAUGAAUUCGGUCUUGGCUACAUUAAGGCUAACCAUUUUCUAAGGUUUUCAACCUCAAGAUCAGUUAUAGAAUCUCCCGAAGCUGUCAGACUUGUGUCGCCGGCAAAUAACCGAGGUUUUGAUUUAUUUAGACAUUGAGGUAAAUCAUUUACAUACAGCAAAAAGAAUAGAGGCCCCAAAAUAGAGCCUUGUGGUACGCCACAUUUAAUCAAUCGCUCAGAUGAAAAGGAGUUUUUUAUUUGACAUUUCUGUUUUCGGUUUGUGAGAUAAGAUUUGAGCAAAGUUAGAGCUUGUCAUUUUAUUCCAUAUAGCUCUAACUUCCUCAAUAGAAUUUGAUGAUCAACAGUAUCAAAUGCUUUUUUUAAAUCAAUUAAAACUACUAGGUUAAACAUUUUUCUGUCUAGAUUCACAUACCAAUCAUUGGUACAGUCCAGUAAUGCAGUAGCUGUGGAGUGAAAUUUUCUAAAACCAAAUUGAGAAUCACUAAGAAGUUCAAAUUUUGUUAAAUAGUCAUACAGUUGAUCAUAUAGAAUUCGUUCCAUAAUUUUGCUAAUGGCCGGCAAAACUGAUAUUGGUCUAUAAUUUCCUGGAAUAUUUCGUUGGCCAUUUUUAUACAGAGGUACUACUUUAGCCAUUUUCCAUUCGUCAGGAAAAGAAGAUAGAGUAAUAGCCUGAUUAAAAAUAAGUGUCAAUGAAUCUGAAAUGAUAGGUGCAGCUUUUUUAAUAAUUUUACAAGAAAUCUUGUCAAUGCCAGUGGCUUUAUUGCCGGAAAGCCCAAGCAAAAGACGACAGACAUGACUGACAGUAACAGGUUGGAAUGCAGCAAACUCUGAUUUACCAUUUUGAACAUACGUUUCAAAAUUGUAAUUUGAAGAAUCAAUUUUGCUAGCUAAAUCAGGGCCAAUGUUCGAAAAAUAAUCAUUAAAUCCCUCCGCAAUAUCUUUGGGACUUGUUAAAUUGUUUUGAUCUAGAUUUAGUUCAUUUACCACUGUUGGUUUGUUUUGCCUACCUAAUAAGUUGUUAAUACUUUUCCAAACUCUUUUAGGAUCGAAUUUUUGACCAGCUAUUUUCGAGGAAUAGUAAUCUUUCUUGGCAUUCCUUAAUUCUAUAUUUACUUUAUUUCUAGUCGUUUUAUAAUUCAACCAAUCAUUUUCUAGGUUUGUUAAAAUGGCUUUUCGUUUUAACUUGUCUCUUGCACAUAUAAGCUUCUUUAUAUCGCUUGUAAUCCAAGAGACUUUUUUUAUCUGAUUUUUUUGUGUUGAAGUGGAGCAUGCUUAUCUAGGACCUCUAAAAAUAUUUUUUUCCAAAUUUCCCACAUGGCAUUUGGAUCUGCAGCAAAAAAAUACACAUAUUCCCAGUGCUGUUUCAGCAGUUCUGCAACAAAUUUUUCCUCAUCAAAAUUUUUCAUGUUUCUAAUCUCAACAGUAUUUUCUUGUUUUCUUAUAACAGAAAUUUUCCUAAUUGCGAAUACUAAACUAUGAUCGCUUAUACCUGUGUGAAUGACACCAGAAUCAGAAAUUUUCUCUGGUGUGUUAGUAACAAUAUGAUCUAUUAGACUGCUGGUUGUCAUAGUUAUUCGAGUAGCUUCGCCUAUCAGUUGUGAUAACUGAUAUAAUUCGUAUAAUGACUUAAUUUUCUUUGUUGGGGUAUUGGAAUCUUUAUCUGUUUUUAGCAUAUCACAGUUCAGAUCUCCAAGUACAUACAUUUCUUUAUUUUCAUUAUCAAUAGCUUUAAUCAAUUUUUCAAAAGGGUCAAAGAAUUCUGAUGAUGUACUGGGUGGUCUAUAAACUGUUGUAACCUGAAACGGCUUGCUAUGUGGCUUAAUAAUUUCAAUACAAACAGCUUCUAAUUCAGAGGGAACUAGAUCAUCUCUUAUUUUGUAGUUGAUAGAGCUACGCAAGUAGAUACAAACUCCACCACCAUUUCUGGAUCUAUCUUUUCUAACAACAUCAUAACCAUCUAGGUUAAUCAUAUUAUCUGUUAUAUUUGCAUCAAGUCGUGUCUCAUUAAAAGCAAUCGGAUCAAUGAACUUAUUUGACAUUGAAAAAUUAAUUUCAUCUAUUCUUUUAGGUAAACUAACAAUAUUUAGAAAAGCCAUUUUAAAACCUCUUUCAUUUUGAAUUGAGCUGAGGGUUUUCAUAAAAUCGCUGCUCACAUUGGUGCCUAAAAAAUCUAGUGUAGCUUCUGUUUCAACAUUUGUUUCACAUGACUCAGAUAGAUUGUCCAGUCUUUCUGGCGACCAUACGUUCGUCGAAAAAAAUGGUUGUCAUUAUGGUUUGAAGCCAUGUUGGUGUUUCCCAUUCUGUUUGAUUUUAGGAAAGUACAAAAAGCACUUCCUAAGGCUCGGUCUCCCAUACGGUUAAGAUGAAGCUUGAAGCCAUUUAAUAAGGAUUUAUCUAUGCAGUCAUUAUUGAUAAAAGAUAUUUUAUGUUUAUAGCUUAAAUCAUGCAAUAGUUGAUUAUACUUAUCUAUCUUCUUGUUGGAAAUUCUGCCAUCAUGUCUUCUUACCACGCUGGACACAGCUAUCUCCUUUGCACCGGCUUUCGUUUUGUUUAUUAGGAUUUCCAUAUUUCUUGCAACUUCCUCUGGUUCUUUGCGAACAAGGUCAUUCGUUCCCACAUGAAGAAUGACUGUGUGAAAUCCAUGAACUCCAUCACUUUCCAAUUUCUGGUUGAUCUGCUCCACAGUUGCUCCACUGUAGGAGUGGCAAGUAGCAUUGGAUCUCGCUGCUCUUCCAAUUUUGCUCUGGUCGAUGUUCUUCACCAUUGAAUCCCCAAUUACUAGAACCGACUUGUCGUUUGGUUUGGAAUUGGUUUCUUGUGCGUGAUGACUAGGUGUCUUCUUCUGAGAACACAGGCUUUUCUUUGGUCUUUCAAAUCGUAGAUUCUGUUUUGAGUGGCGGUGAUGGAUUUCAUUGUCUUUCCUUUCCUCGAGCUCUUCCUGGGAAUUCUCUAUAUUACAAUCAGCUUGGUCAUGAAGAACUGAGAAGGGAUUUCGAUACUUAUAAUGGGUUACAUCUGUCGUAAUAUUCUGUGUCUGUGAGGUAUUUUGCCCAGCAUUGCCAACAACUUUCUUCUUUUCCUCUAUUUUUGUCCAUUCAUUUUGUUUGUAAUCGAAGAUACAUUUGAUGUUAUUGUUAUCAUUAGACAAUUCUUCAACUGUAAUAUUUAGUGCUUGAAUUUCAGCCGCCAUUUUUAUAUUUUCACUCGUCAAUGAUUGUAUCUUGGCUUCCUGUUCGGCUACUCGUAAUAGGGUUUGCUGCGACUCUUCUUGUUGUUUGUCUUUUAUUUUGGCGAUUAGUUCCAUUAUAUUUGUGAUCUGUUGAUCAUGAUGAGUGCAAUGUUCACAGCAUGAGUUUUUGUUCAGUAUGUCAUUCGCAUUUGCGUUGUUGUUUCUGGCCACGUGUUCGUUCAUGUCGCAAAUGUUCUUUUGAUUUUCGGCCGCGUUUUCUUGGGGUGAUUUCACGGACAGAACAUCUUGGACUUCAGCUGCUUUCUUUACUUUCUUUGGCUGAGUUUUGUUGGGGAAUUCCAACGCUAAACGCUCGACAUCUUCUUCCGAAAUACAAGCAAGACUAUUUCGGGUUCGACGUGACAUGAUACGGCGUAAUGAAGAAACGCGAAGUGAAAUUUCGCGCAGAAUAUCUCGAGAAAUACGUUGCGAGAUAACUCCAAUUUUAUAUCAGUAGGAUCAGUAUAGUAUUAGCAACAAUUUGAUAUAUAGUUAAUCCGAAACGUUUAAUGUAAAAGCGAGAAAAUAUUAAAAAUCCAGGGAGUCGAAGAGAUCAAUGCUUCGCGAUGUAACCUGAUAUAUAUGAAUAUGAGACUGACGGCAGACUGGUAACCGCAAGCGAGAAACUUCAAUUCGCAUUUGAAGGUAAGUUCUACAAGUUUCCGAAGGUUUCGACAGGUUUUUAGUCAAUUCAUUCUUCAAUUUUAAUGCACAAAUUGUCCUAUGACUUCCAACAGUUUACAGUUGAUCUCAAAAUACGACUUGAAGUUCUAGCGGUUACCGGUCUGCCGUAAACGUCAAUCUUAACCUCUCUAAUGCCUAAAAGGGAUGGACGAGAAGGUUCCAGAAUUGAAAUAAGAGUUUGCGUUAGUAUUAGCGUUAGUGUGGGGGUUAGGGUUAGGUGUGGGGUGAGGGUAAGGUUUAGUGUUGUUACAAGUGGCUGGUUGUUGAUUCUUUUACAUUUUAAUGAUCUUAAAAACUGGCGGCCAUCUUGAAAACCUGCCUCUAGUCCAUCCCCCAUUAGCCACGACCGAGGGUGGAUAUUAUACUGUAGGUGGGAUAAAAAGACUGAUAUAUGAACACAGAAAUAAUUUAUCACAACCACGCGAGCUUCCCCGCAAACCCCGGGCUCAUAUGAACAGGCCUGGUCCCAAAAGGGUUAAAAUACCGACCAGGAAAUUUGACCAGGGAUAUUAAUUUUACCCAAAUAGAAUAAGUUCUAGGCUAGUUAGGAAAAUUUUAACCUUAGUGUUGUGCCCAAAAUCUUGAAAUAAAGGAUCACCUUUCAGAAUGAAAUGUGCAAAGUCGUAAUCUUUUCUUUCAGUUCGUAAAAUGGAGGCUGAAAUUGUUCAAAUGUGUGUGGGGAUGUUUAAUGGAGGGCCCGACGCCUGUGGGACGGUAAGUGGUGUUUAAAUUUGUGUACCCAAUGUCCGGCCGCGCCAGAAACACCACUAUCGGGAAUUUUUGAACAGAAUAUCUUCGCAGGAAAUCUUCUUACAUCUUGAAGGAAAUGUUGUCAUCUCAUACUGCAAUGCCAUGUAUAAUUUACGUAUUAUUUACAAAAGUGUUUUGCAUGUGGAGAUUGUCUUGCACCGAGAUUGACGGGCCACAGUUUGUGCUUAUAACGUACGCUUUCUUUGGGCAUACCUUAUGGAUACGGUUUUGUAGCUAGCUAUAAUGUACGUCUGUUAUCGGCAUACCUUAUAACUACGGCUUGUGGCUAUAAAGUGCGCGUCAACUUCGAAUUAAGAAUAAUGUUAUGGUUUCAUGAGCUGCACGAUAGCUUGAUUAGAAAUUCCGUCAGAAGAAAACUGGAAUUAGCUGGGGGGAAUGGAAUUAAAACUGUUUACAACAUUCAUAGAUAUUGGACGUCAGUUUCCGCAUUCUUGGCUUAACUUUUCUCAUAGACCAAAUGACUGAAAUUCUCGCUCCAGAUGUAUAUAGAGCUAACGGCUAUGACUAAAGCUCCCUUCCCCUCCCCUGUCAAAAUACACUUUUAUCUUACCCACAGUGUGUUUUUCCUCCAGACGACAAGUGGUGGUACUGAAAGUCUUCUUUUGGCUUGUAAAACAUAUCGAGAUUGGGCGAAAGAAGAAAAAGGCAUUGUAAAACCUGAAAUGUAAGAAUCUCUUUAAGAAAAUACAGUUACUUGCCAAAAGUUUGAAAACAAGCGCAAAAUUUGAAUAUUUUGCAAAAUUCCAUUACAGAUGUUACAUGUUCAAAUAUGCAUUCGGUUUAAUAACUGGUUAGCAUGAUUUCAUUUCAGCUAUUUUAACCUACGGUAAUAUUUAAAAAAUGUUGACCAUUCUGUCCCAUUUUUUUCCGUAACAUGAGGAACCAGAGUCGCGUGAGAAGCCUUGAGGUGCCAGCAAUAAGGUUUAAACUCAACCCAAUGGAGAAUGUAUGGAUGGUUGACAAGAAAAGAGUAAACAAAGGAAUUACCGAGGACAUUUGCUGAACUAGAGAUUAUUGUUUGGAAAACUUGGGAAUAAAUUCCUAGAAAAAUGUUGUCAAGAUCUUGGUUUAAUCCGUUGCUAAAUGGGCAAAGCAUGUCCCGAAAGCACAAGGAUAUUUGCAACUACAUACUGACAGUUACUCCGAAGGCCCAACAUAUUCUUAAUAUUAUCCGGUACAUUUUCCUUAAAAUAUCUUAAAUGAAAUCCUGCUAACCAGUUAUUAAACUAAAUGCAUAGUUAAACAUGUAACAACUUAUUGAGUGAGUCGGUAACGGAAUUGUGCAAAGUAUUUAACUGUUGAAAAUAUGACUUUUGAAGAUAUUCAAACUUUUGGCAAGUAACUGUAUACCCAUGUUUACGGAACGUAUUCUUGAACACUUUCGCCUGUUUUAGGGUUGCAAAUUCUAAAGCUGACAUAAUACAAAACCGAACGCUUUGAGACCCUCGUGGCAUUCGGCUACUGAAUUGCACUGAAUUAAUGGUUAUUCACAAGGGCUUAACUCAUAAAUUUAUAACUUUUGUUAGUGUCGCUCCAAUCUCGGUUCAUGCUGCUUUUGAAAAAGUAAGUAAAACAUAAAAAUAUUCGAGACUUUGGCCAUCUGCUCGAUAGAGCUAAAUGAUGAAGGAUUUUUGUUGAUGGAAAUGUCAAAUGAAGAUUGAAGAACAUUAGAGCGCUUCACUGGUAACAGGGGCGGGCAUACCCCGCCCCCCCCCACACCCCUGGUGGUGUCCAGCACCCCUUUGAAGGAAACUCUUUCUAUUCCAUAUUUGAGUUGUGAAUACCACUUAUUAUAUUAAAACGACUGAUUUUCGAAUACGCGAGAAAAUAUUCCAGCACCAAGACGGCGGAUCACCAUAUAACGUAGCACCAGGGGUGGAAAAAGUAUCGGAACCUCGGAACCUAGUUCCCAGAAAUUUUUUUGAGUUGAGAGUUUUGCAGAAAAUUUUCCAGAAAAUAUCUCAACAUUUUGAGAUAACUCUGUUUACUCAACUUACAACUAUUCUACUUUAUUUACACUGGUCAGACUAACAACAGCAGCUUUUAAAUAUUUGACAGAAAUUAAUUCUGUUACCCACCCCUGCCAUCACAUUCAUGAGGUAAAAUGGUAAAUAUAUGCUCUGCAAAGUCUCCAAUAAAAUGCAAAUUAAAUAGUAAACAAAUAAAAGUGAUGGAAUAAAUAAGAUAGGACACUUCUAAGUUAAGCGUUAGAUCCUUACUAGUUGGUCAUAACUCAUAACUGUGGACCUGUGGUAUAUAACAAACAACUAUUGCGAUGUACGAGCAUACGAAAACCAGCCUAAAGCCUAUUAUUACUAAAGUACAAAUAAUACAGUAAUUGUAACAUUGCAAAUUUUACAGAAAAUUUCUAGCUUUCGACCCAGGUUCCCAGAAGGAAAAAAAAUUUUCCUGCGUAGCACUUCUCUUAAUUUUUCCCCGAAAUACAAGUACUGUGAGGCAGGGCCUUUUUUAAGGAUUUUCCCGUGGGGGGGGGGGGGCAUUUUUUGAAAAGGGACUUUUCUGUGAUACAAUAUAUUAGAGGGGGAUAGCAAUGGCUGAAGGCUACGUGUGUCGCCAAUAUACCACUCAUGAAUGGGGGGUGGUCUGGGGGAGUAGUCCCCCAGAAAAUUUUUUGAAAUUUGAAUCCCGGAAAUGUCAUUUCCUGCAUUCUGAGCAUCCAAAUUUGCUCCAAAAUUUAUGCUAACUAUACUUGUAUUUGAAAUAAAUAAAGGAAAAAACGCACAAAAAGUUAAAAAAAAUUAACCAUCAUUUAUCAUUACUUAUUAGAGGGAUAAUCCCAAGAAAAUUUUUGAAAUUUGAAUCCCGGAAAUGUCAUUUCCUGCAUUCUGAGCAUCCAAAUUUGCUCCAAAAUUUAUGCUAACUAUACUUGUAUUUGAAAUAAAUAAAGGAAAAAACGCACAAAAAGUUAAAAAAAAUUAACCAUCAUUUAUCAUUACUUAUUAGAGGGAUAAUCCCGAGAAAAUUUUUGAAAUUUGAAUCCCGGAAAUGUCAUUUCCUGCAUUCUGAGCAUCCAAAUUUGCUCCAAAAUUUAUGCUAACUAUACUUGUAUUUGAAAUAAAUAAAGGAAAAAACGCACAAAAAGUUAAAAAAAUUAACCAUCAUUUAUCAUUACUUAUUAGAGGGAUAAUCCCAAGAAAAUUUUUGAAAUUUGAAACCCGGAAAUGCUAUUUUCUGCAUUCUGAGCAUCCAAAAAAUAAAAAAAUUAUUAACAAUAAUUUAUCAUUACUUAGUGGUAGAAAAAAGUAACAAUUUAAAUCGAUUUUGUUAAGGACAAAGGAUAACGCCUAAAACUUACUUUCCGUUUAUGUAUUUGUUAAUCUUCUCUGGUUUGUUUCUAUAAUUUUAGGGAAAAGGGACUUUUCCUGGGGGGGCAAAAUGUGAUUUCGUGGGGGGGGGGCACAAGGGGGGACUGGGGGGCAUUUGCCCCCCCCCAGCUUGUAUGUUAAAAAAGGCCCUGCUGUGAGGAUAAAUUUAACGAAUGAACGCAGUGCUCAGAAUGCAGGAAAUUGGUAUUUCAGGGCUUGAAAUUUCAAGCAUGUUCUGGGGGAGAAUGCCCCCAGACCCCCGUAGUAAUGCACGCCCUCUAGAAAACCUUUACCCUCUCUAACAAAUCAGGCCAGAUCCACCCCUGCUGGUUAGAGCGCUGCGCUGGUAUCUCACGAAUAUUAUUGGAAUUCAAGCAGUCUAUCGAUACCUCGGUGUUCAUUUUGGUGUUUUUAAUACCGCAUGCAUACCACAUGCAUAUAGUGAGUUUACGCAUGUACGACGGUGAUGUCAGGACGACGGCUAUCAAUACAAUGUCAAUAACCCUAUAGCACAAAAGAAAUGAAUAACUAUAAGUCUAGCAGGAGUUUUAGACGUUGUCCAACCUCUGUUGACAACGGCAAAAUGCAUAUUUCACGUCUCGUAUAGUACACUACGCUAGCAUUUCAAGCCGUGACAGGUAGUUUUUCUAGCAAAAUUGAGUUAACCAAAAUUGCUCGGAAGGUUUAAAGCUCUUUUUACUUGUUCAAAACUGUAUUAAAUUCAUACGAAAGUAAAUACAAACAAGAUUUUAGAUUUCCAACCAAUCAUUUAUUUCAAACAGUGUGCUUAGCAGACCGGCGUCGCCGUCUUGCGUGUGUAAUCUCCCUAUUAAUUUCGGAAUGGCGAAUUGUCACUACAGCUGAAGUUAAAUAUUUUAUUGUUUCGUCAAGGCUGCAGCGUAUUUCAAGAUGAAACUUAUUCUGGUUCCUGUUGAUGAAAAAACAAGGAAAUGUAAUCUUCCAGCUAUGAGACGAGCUAUUACGAAAAAUACGGUUUUGGUGAGUUAUAUACGCGUAAAAAUCUCACAACUUGUCAACAAGAUGUGUUCGCACUGCUUCUUUCUAGUUGUUGACAAGCCUAGAACAAGUUGUUAUCACCUUGUAACAAGGUUGAUGAGGCCAACAGACUCGCAACAAAUUGUUCCAACAAGUCUGAUAUCGUCUGCAUGUAACAAGUUGUUACCAAGUUGAUGACAACACGCUCGUGGCAACUUGUUACGAACAGCCCGUGUUAGUCUUGUUGGAAGACAAGCCUGUUACCGUCAUCAACCUUGUGACAAGGUGAUAACAACUUGUUUUAGACUUGCCACAGCAGCUGGGAACAAGCAGUGCGAACACAUUCUGAUAUCGGCUUGUCAACAACCUUGUUGCAACUUGUUUGCAGAUCUGUAAAAACUUGCGCGGUUUACGUGAGUAGUACACGCACAAGUUGUUACAGAUCAUUUUAAUUAAGUAACUUACCCAAGGUUACGUCGUCCGGCAUAUCACGAAUUGAAAACACAAAUUAUCUAGAGUUCUAAUAGCAAGUAAUUGUAUUCCUUCCACUCGUGAGCUCAUUACAAAAGUAAUGUCCAGGCCUUGUGACCCUGGAUGGCCACUUAAAAGGAAAGAAUACACACACACAAUUAGUUCUAAUGCGCAUGUCGUUACUUGAUGACGCAAUUAUUAUGCAAUAGAAACAUGACAAAGAUACUCAGAUCUUUCAGUCUUAACAAUAUACAUUACCAUAAUAAUAAAAUUGCCAACUGCUAGAUAACAAAGAACUGGAGAUGACGGAGUUCGCAAUAAGUGAUUUCACGGGAAAGCUUCCAGCUUCCACUCGAGUUUGCGGGCAGCAUACAGCUACCACUCUCCAAGUGCCCAUCCAGGGUCACAAGGCCUGGACAUUACUUUUGUAAUGAGCUCACGAGUGGAAGGAAUACAAUUACUUGCUAUUAGAACUCUAGAUAAUUUGUGUUUUCAAUUCGUGAUAUGCCGGACGACGUAACCUUGGGUAAGUUACUUAAUUAAAAUGUUUAAAUGGCAGUCGAUCCAAAUCUUGUUCGUAAUUGUUACAGAUCUGCAAAUAAGUUGUUACAAAUCUGUUCACAAGCUGUCGACAAGUUGUCAUCGCACUACUUGUUCCAAGUUGUUGUAACAAGUUUGGAACAAACUGUUAACAACUUGUAACAAGCUUGAUGGCAUUACCAGACUUGUUACAAGGUUGUUCUAACAAGUUUCGUACAGUCAUGAUUUUACAAGAAUGUUACAAGGUUGACGGCACAAGGUUGUACCAAUAUUGUUAUAUCAUGACUGUGUCGGACUUGUUGGAACAACCUUGCAACAAGUCUGAUAAUAUCAACAAGGUUGUUAUACAAGUUGUUAACAGCUUGUUCCAAACUUGUUUACAACUUGGGACAAUCAGUGCGAACACAAUGAGUUGCUGGCGGCUUGUUGGUAGACUUGCUGCAAGAUGUGAGAUUUUUGCGCCUGUAAGCCUUCGUAUUGUAUAAUUUUGGUAUAGUUUUGUCAUGAGAAAUUCAUUAUUUUGUAGUUGGUUGGUUCAUGCCCAUCGUAUCCUCAUGGUAUCAUCGAUCCCAUUGAAGAAAUUGCUAAGGUAUUUAUCUUUGAAACAAUUAUUUAUUUCAUGCAUUAGUAGUAUAGGUAUUAGGAUGGUUUCGAGUGCAAUUUGGAUAAAACAUGCACGAGUGAAUUUUUCAAAGGGCACCAAAAUAGCACGAGUCCGAAGGACGAGUAUUAUGACUCCGAAAUGCAAAUGAGUCCGAUCGGAUUGGUGUCGGAUCGGAUUUGCACAUCUCUAGUAUGCAGAUCCCGUAGUUUAUUUCAAUCCCCAUUCAUUAUGUCGAUUUUUAUACAGUGUAGGAAAUAGAAAUUUUCGUUUUUUCUUUCAGCUUGGUAAAAAAUACAAUAUUGGCGUUCAUGUUGAUUGCUGUUUGGGUGGAUUUCUUGUCCCGUUUAUGAAAGAUGCUGGGUAAUAACUAUUAAAAUGUAGCUAACAAGGUGUUUCCCCGCCAGAAAUGCAGCUACAGUAUUGCCUUGCAUGAUUCUUGUAAUGAAUUUAUAACAAACCAUCGAAAGUUGUAAGCAUUUUUAUUCUUUUUGGUACUGGAUAGCUCCAUCAAUUCUAAUCUGUUCUUCCUAUAGAGAUCCAGUAAGAAUCAGCUCUCAUUGAUCCAGUGUUGCUACAGGAAGAAACCUAAACUGAACUAACUUUAUUUUAUACUGUAUAGCUUUAUCAGUUUUUUUUAGUAAUUUUAAUCAUUUUUAGUUUUCCAUUGGCGCCAUUUGACUUCUCAGUGGAAGGCGUAACCAGUAUUUCUGCUGACACCCACAAAGUAUUUGGCAAAUUUAACAUUUCUGAGUAUUUAAUGAAGUAUAUGACUGUAAGAUUGGCACUGUUAUUAAACACUGUUUGAUUAUUUUUUAAAUAUUACAGUACGGCUACGCUCCUAAGAGAUCUUCGGUCAUUCUAUAUCGUUCGCACGAAUUACGUCAUCACCAGUUCUUUGUUUCCACGGAUUGGACGGGAGGGAUCUACGCAUGUCCGACAAUCCCAGGCAGUCGUUCUGGUGGGAUUAUUGCUGGCUGUUGGACUGCUAUGAUGUAUAUGGGUGAAGAAGGUUAGUACAAUAGAUAUAAUCUCAAACAGACCGUUCCAGUGUAGUUAGUUGCAAAUAAUACGAAAGCUUUAGGAUGUCUCUUGCGGCUAUCGUUGCUUCCAAAAAUGGGACAGAAGGCUUUAAUUUUCACAUCUGAAACACUGCGAUUGGCACUGAUUGCUACUAUUAAAAUGUCUGGCAACAGGUUGGUUAGCACCGUUGCCAAUGACUGCAGGCCGAUCGAUGCUCACCAAACCUUGUAAUCAAAGAUCUUCCAGUUUCCCCAAUAUGAGAUGCUGUAGAUGAGAUGGGAGGAGGUAUAGCAAAAUCUAUAAACGAACAGGUUUUAAAUUGGGGCACCCGACAAGGAAACGUGCUAUUCUGUGACGACGAACUAAGGUUUUGUGGAUAUUGUUUCAGGGUUGUUUUUUAGGAUAUGGAAAUACCAAAUUUGGAGAUGUCGGAGGAAUUUCCAUAUCUUAAAAAUACGAUACUGUUCUCCUUGUAUUUUUAAUGUAGCUGUAUCCCUAUCAAUUCGAAGCUUUCUAGUACAAUAGAUCCCUUCAUUUUGAUCCAGUCCUCAUCUUCGCCUGGGGUAUGAUCAAAUUGCGCUGACUUGAAAUCUAGCCCAGUCCUCAUAGUCGGAUUUGAAAUAUUACUUCAUCUUUCACGCAACUCUUGUUUUCGUUUGACCUGGACCACGAGAGUUGAGAAAACUCUCAUGCAAACUUUCGCUUCUAAACUCUCAUCAAUUCUCUAUUGUAUGAAAGAUAUAUUUUAUUGUUUAAUGAUUUCAGGCUAUGUUGAUUGUACUAGAACGAUUAUUGAAACUCGUCAGUACAUCGAGGAAGGGUGAGAAUUUAAUAUAUUUGAUUAAUUAGUGGUUUCCUAUAUUUAUAUUCUAAUAAUGAAAAACAUUACAAUUCAAAUUCAAAAUUUUAUUAACACUGUUUCAUAUCAUUACAUUUUUUUUUAAUUUUUUUAAUUCUGAUUGCUUCAGACCAGUGCUAUUUUACCUUAUAUUGGCAUCACCCACAAACUUGUUUCGUAUGACAAGCAAUGCUUGCCACACUCAUCAGGUGAAUUUAGCGCGACAUUUAAAUUCACCUGAUGAGUGUGGUGAAUUGCUUGUCAUACGAAACAAGUUUGUCAUUGCUUGUCAUACGAAACAAGUUUGUAGUGAAUAAAUCUUAUGAAGUAAACCAGGUUUAUUUUAUCUUUAUCUAUAUUAGCUCUAUACUUCGGUAUAUCGAGCACUCUACUCAUAUAUGAUUAUAUAUAUAUAUAUAUAUAUAUAUAUAUAUAUAUAUAUAUAUAUAUAUAUAUAUAUAUAUAUAUAUAUAUAUAUAUAUAUAUAUAUAUAUAUAUAUAUAUACUGAAGACUAUAUUCAAAAAAAUAGUCGAUGAGUUGACGUAAGGUAGAAGAGCGCUCAAUACCAUAAUAAGUAGAGCGGCAUUAAUUCAGUCAAGGUUUGAAUGUUUGCGUCGCUACUCUGAGUUUCACGCUUUACGCGAUCAUCAGGCAACUGACAGAUAUUAUUCAAUAUUCAUAAUAAAUAUAGGUUAUCAUUUUACAACUUGAUUAAUAAUAAAUAUAGGUUAUCAUUUUACACCUUGAUUAAUAAUAAAUAUAGGUUAUCAUUUUACAACUUGAUUAAGCCUAUAUUUAUUAUGAAUAUUGAAUAAUAUCUGUCAGUUGCCUGAUGAUCGCGUAAAGCGUGAAACUCAGAGUAGCGACGCAAACAUUCAAACCUUGACUGAAUUAUAUAUAUAUAUAUAUAUAUAUAUAUAUAUAUAUAUAUAUAUAUAUAUAUAUAUAUAUAUAUAUAUAUAUAUAUAUAUAUAUAUAUAUAUAUAUAUAUAUAUAUAUAUAUAUAUAUAUAUAUAUAUAUAUAUAUAUAUACAAAUAUCGAGUUUGGAAACAUAUAUGAGUAGAGUGCUCCAUACCGUAGUAGAGCUGAUAAGAUUAGAAGACAAACUUGAAUUACUUCAUAUGAACUAAUUCAAGUUUGUCUUCUAAUCUUAUAUAUAUAUAUAUAUACUGUGACAUUGGUUCUAGUUGAUACAUCUUAAUAAUCUUAGUGUCAAAAUUUUCCCUUAGAUUGAAUUUUCGAAUUGGAGUAAUAAUUAUAGCUAAACGUCCUGGUCACCAUUAAUACAACGAUCGAAAGGCGACUGAUACAUGCUUCAGUACUGCAACUGUAAUGCAAAAUAUAUUAUAGCUUUAUUAUAUGGCAAGCAUCAGUUCCGGUGAAAUGGCGGACUGUGAUUGGUUGAGAAUCACUUUCAGCGGUCCAUUAUUUUCCCGUAAUGGACUGCUGAAAGUGGCGGUCUAAAACAAAACAGCAAAACUAAUUGAAAAUUUCAAAGUUAUAAUUUAAUUUGUUAUUAAUAAGAUAUCUGCGAAUGGUUUUUAGUGGAAAAGAAGGAUAACUAGUAAGUUUUGUUUUCUUUGACCAAAUGUGUACCUCGCUACUAAUAUGCAUUUCAAAUCAUGCAUUUCAAAUCAUGCAUUUCUUGUUUGUUUCAAGUAUAAAUGCGUAUAAAUGCGCUAUUAUAAUAAACUUUUUAUUAACCUUGCUUGCUUGCUCGGUAUGUAGAAACCUCGCCCUACGGGCUCGAUCUGUACAAAAAUGACCUCGGUCCGAUAUUUUUCUAUACAGACCUCGCGUUCGGUUAAUAAGAAGUUAUUAAUCACCGGAAAUGUUUUUCCAAAAUUGCAUGUGUAUUUCUUCUCUUGUAGACUUCGUAAAAUCAAUGGUAUAUUUGUGUAUGGUGAACCAGAGGUGUCUGUGGUUGGGUUGGGCUCAGAUGAUUUUGAUAUUUUUGGUCUUGGAAAUGAACUCAUUGAAAAAGGAUGGAAUCUUAACUCACUUCAAUUUCCUUCUGGGUAUGAAAAUAAUUUUAAGUAAAGUUUCAAAUUUACAAAAGAUGAGUAAAUUUGCUCAUAAAUUUGAUAUUCAUAAUAUAUUAUGUAAUACCUUAUUUUAUUCUGAUCGUUUAAUAUUAAUUGGCUGUGUAUGGUCACGUGAUAUUGAAUAGAAAAUUCCAUUUCCCAAGAGUUCAAUGGAAUACGUUCCAUUGCAGUCUCUGCGAGUGCAAUGGAAUAAAACGUAUAGUGCAAUUGCAUUCUUUGUGUUUUCGAUAAAUCGCAUCCCUCAAAAUGCUUCUCCUAUGAAUCUAUUAGUCUAUUUUGGUAUUACAUAAAACAAAUAAUGAAUGUUUUUUGUGCAAUGGUAGGAAUAUUUUUAUUCGGUGAAAGAUGGAAUGUUCCAUCGUUGAAUGGAACAUUCCAUCUUUCACCUCAUGAAAAUAUUCUUACCAUUGCAAUCAGAAACAUUCAUUAUUUGUAUACUGUAAGCUCAUAAUAUACUUUAUUCAGGUGCUUGAGUCAAAACAUUUUUCAGUGCAUCGUUGUGCCGUAAUAGUUGUAGAAGAGGUUGUCAACAGAACACUUAUAGUAAUUUUAUUCUUUAGAAAUAGCUUCAAAAGAACACCUCUACACACGCUGUUAAGCAAAACUUUGUGGCUUUUUUGUGUUUAUUGUCUUUAUUUUAUGAAGAUUGAUAGUUUUACUGAUUUUCUUUAUUAGUAUUCAUAUGUGUGUGACGAUGCCUGUGACACAGCCUGGAGUGGCUGAUCAAUUUAUUAAAAAUGUCAAAGAGAGUGCAGAAAAAAUAUUGAAAAAUCCUCAAAAGAAAACCACAGGAGGCGUAAGUAUCCUUAAAGUGCUUAUAUGACACGUACUUACAAAAACAAAGUUCUAUAUCCACAUAGUCAUUUGCCGGAUUAUUUGAAUUUGAUGGCCUACAGUCUGAACCUCUCGCUCAAUGUAAUUAAGUUUUUGUCAUUUUCGCAUUAAAGUGCCCAAGAUACGAAAUUUCAGCCAAUCCUUUCUUGCAUUGCAAAGAUCACUUAAAAUGACUUUUCUUCGCGAGCGGUCCCUACUGCAAGUUACUGACCACUCAGGAGCCAAUCAAAAUGCUAAACAUAAAUAGUCUUCUUUAUUAAUGCAUACUUGUAUACUCUACGAAAAUGCCAGUUGGCAGCUUGUAACAAAAAUUACCAUUAGAAUGUGACUUUCAGAAAGUUGGCCGGCCGUCUAUCAUUGGAAGCGGCGUUUAAACGAGUAAAUAUGUUUGGUAUAUUUUAGGGUGCUAUUUAUGGCAUGGCUCAACAGAUACCAGACCGAUCCAUGGUCGCUGAAUUGGCUUGUAGUUAUGUCGAUAGUUUAUACAUGACACCAAAACCGACACAGUCUCAAACUAAUGGUCAUGUCAAACAAUAGAGUAUAUUAUUACCUGCCUUUUACUUUGGUAUAACCUAGGGUGACAAGUCCUGAAAGUGCACCUGGUAUAGUUUCUUGGUUACGAUUUACAGAUAUGUUGAAUAAAUAUAAUUUAAUAAUUACACACAUCCAUAAUUCUCUUGAUACUGUGAUUGAAGAGGAAAUGGAUUUUUUUCACAUUUAAAUAUUGGCAAUUUUUCUAAUUUUUAUAUUCAUUAUCAAAUAAGCGUUUGCAGCAAAAUUCAGAAUUUGCUUUAUUCAAUCAAAGUAUCAAACUGAAUUAAUUAUUUUGAACUAGUGUUGUGGUGCUGCCGUGAAUCCGAAACGUAAGUUAGGCCCAGGGCAAACUAGGAAACAUUGUUGCGGAAACAUUGUUUCCUACCAAUGUUUCGCCAUGUUUCCGAGAGUGGGCAAACACUAGAAAACAUUAGUAAGAAACAUAGGGAAACAUCAAAUUUUUCUGAAUUUGCUAGGAAAUAUUUUUGCUUCCCGGGAAGCAAAUAUUGUUUCCGCAACAAUGUUUCCAUGGGUGGGCAAACAGGCAAACAUUUGAAGAAACAUCGAGAAUCACAAAUGUUUCCACAACAAUGUUUCCUAGUUUGCCCAGGGCUUUAGUCUAAGCAUGGAUUGUAAAAUAACUGGAUAGGAAACUUCCUGGCGUCAUUGACUGCAUCCUUGUUGAAAAACAGGACGUCACGCGUAUUGAGAAUAUUAUCAAAGUUCUCGGCAUUUUUGUUGUUUUGCUAUAUUUUGUUUUAAAAACAUGUCUAAGCCACGACAAAGCAUUCAAGGUAAAUGUUUUUCGUCUUUGUUUUGUAUUUUUUUACAUUUGUAGCCACGAAAUCGGCGUCACAAAUUUUAACGAAAUUUGCGAUGCAUUUUUAACUGUUUAGUGCUUGAAAUAUUUGCUAAAAUUGACUGGAAAUACUUAUUAUCGUAGAAUGGCGUGGUUAUAUUUAUUUGCUCUUUGACUAAAAUGUUUAGCUGUAUUAUUGCGUUUUUGAGAAUUUGGUUUUCAAGUAGGUUGAAGCAUCCAACAUCAGCCCAUUAAAAAUAUUAGGUCACGUCAGCUAGUUUCCUAUCCAUUUAUUUUAUUAUCCAUGGUCUAAGACUGAUAACAAACUUUGAAUACCUCGAACAUUUAAAAGUGAGAUAAAUUUAAUUUUUUGCACGCCUUUGCACCCCGGUUGACCAAGGCCAACGUGAGUGCACACCCAAUGUGAUCCCUCUCCCUAUAAAUCCACCACUGGAUCAAACGAGGAUGAAAAUGCAUGAGAGUUGGCAAUCACGCGGCUUUGAUUGGAUGUUCUCAAUGCUUUCACAAUUACUAUCAUGUAUUUUAUUUAAAACAUAAUUGGAAAACGCAUCAAUCCUUUAUUUUGUACCAAAGCGCGACUGUCUACUCUCAUCAAUUGUCAUCCUCUUUUGAGUGGGGCACUAAUCUAUAUCAGUCUUCAUCCUUAUUUGGGCAUGGCUGCUGUGGGAGAGGACACUUUCACAGGUUGUUACACUCACUGAGAAAAUCGAUUUUAUUAAAAACAUGCUAAAUGAUUUCAGUUCGAUCACAAUUAUUAAUAAUGUGUAAUGAAUUGUAAAGAAAAGCAAAAUAUGGGGUGGUGGUGGGGGGUAGUUAUACUCUCUCCGACACCAAAAUUUGAAGGGAUCGAUACACCUUCCCCCCUUCCCCUAGCUCCCAUCCCCCUGCCAACAUUGACACGCUUGUAUUUAAUAUAGGUAUUAGUUAAUUCAUCAUCUUAUUGUAAUUUGCCUCAUUGCGGUCUGGCAAUGAAAGUAAACACCGCG